AUGAAUAGUUGUAAAAUAAAACAAUCACAUGAAUCAAAACAGAAAAGCUCAAGAGGAUUCUUUGGAUUCGAGACACUCUAUCCAAAGGGAAUGAAUCCAGCUUUACUGCCACCACCGGAAUUCGAGGAGAUGAUCAGAAAUAUAAAUGGACAAUCUAGAACGACUUAUCCUAAAUUUUCAUUCUGUGGUUUCAUUGGUUUCUUUAUUUCCAUCAUCUUUAUUUUCGUUGGUUUCAUAAAAGAGAUUCCCGCUCUCUAUAUUAUUGGUUUCAUUCUAAUUGUCGGUUCCAUCUCUUCGCUAAUUGGAAUUCAAAUUUCAUUCAGACGUCGUCUAAUGAGUCGUAUGGAGCAUGCCAUUAACGACGCAAACACCAGACUUCAACCACGUGGAAUGAAAAUACAUAUUCGUGAGAAACUAAAGAAACAUCAUCAUCAUACUGGAUCUCAUCAAAAGAGAAGACAACGUAAAAUUUAUUUGGAAUUGGAAUACCCAAUUGCAAUUGAAACUGCAGUUAUUUACCAAGUUGCACCAUUAAGUUAUCAACCACAACAACCAGGUGUCUAUCCAGUACAAUAUCAACCAGGAUAUCCACCUGCACAACAAUAUCCAUAUGAUAUGUCACAACAACAACAACAACAACAACAACAACAACCAAUACAAUAUCAAGCACCAUACAAUACAAAUUAUCAAACAGGACCACCAACACAAUCGAAUGGUGAACUUCCCUAUAUUCCACAAGGAUAUCAACAACCAAGUAGUCCACCAACUUUAACAAAACCAUCCGAUGAAUUUUAA